CGCGGGCGGGCGCGCUGUCCGCGGUCUCCGCUGUGCCGGGUGUCAUUGGGCUCCGAGGCGCGGCGGCGAGGGCACCGCGGGCGGUGUGUGUCCGGCUCGGCCAUGGCGGGCGCGUUGGUGCGGAAGGCGGCGGACUAUGUUCGGAGCAAGGACUUCCGGGACUACCUCAUGAGUACGCACUUCUGGGGCCCAGUAGCGAACUGGGGUCUUCCCAUUGCCGCCAUCAAUGACAUGAAAAAGUCUCCAGAGAUUAUCAGUGGGCGGAUGACAUUUGCGCUCUGCUGUUACUCCUUGACCUUCAUGAGAUUUGCCUACAAGGUGCAGCCUCGGAACUGGCUUCUGUUUGCAUGCCACGCCACCAACGAAGUAGCCCAGCUCAUCCAGGGAGGACGGCUGAUCAAACACGAGAUGACUAAAAGGCCCCAGCAGGGCGGCAGUGGGAAAUGAGGAGCAGCUCUUUGAAGGGGUGGCGUUGCCAGCUGCUGCUGCUGAGUCACAGAUCCCGCCACCACGACCGGUCCUGUGAAGGAAAAUAGGCUGAAUGCUAUUUUUAUUAACCAGACUCUUUUUAUAGAACUAGCAGAGAGUCUUUAACCCAGCUCUCUGCUGCCUUACAAAUAUGGAAUAUUAUAUUUCUCUUCAUAAAGGGUAGCUGAAAAUAUGCAAUCAAUUUAAUAAUUCCCCAUGAUGGUUUUAUCUGCAGUAAUAUGUAUAUUAUCUAUUAGAAUUUACUUAAUGAAAAACAGAAGAGAACAAAAUUUGUAACUAUUAGCAUUUAAGUACUCAGAAUUCUUGACUUUUUCUUUAAUGACCAUGAGACAACCAACAGCUGGCCACAUAAUUAAAAUCUCAUUGCCAGUGUUUGAAAAAGUAUCUGUAUUUCCAUGCAGUGUGUUUAUUGAAAUGCUGUCAUUUAAUGGCAAUAAAUGAUUUAAAUAUUUGUCAAAUAA